GGGCAGCGCACGGGGGUUGGCACUGCUUCGCGCACCUCACCUAGUGGCAGCCGUUCUCGGUCCAGAAGCUCUCACUGACCGCUCUCGCUGCGACUCCUGUGUUCCCUCAUCCUGAACUCGACAGACGUCCUGAAGACCGUGCUCACCAUGCCUAGCCUUUGGGACCGCUUCUCGUCGUCGUCCUCCUCCCUGUCUCGGACUCCCACCGCCGAUCGGCCGCCGCGCUCGGCCAGGGCCUCGGCGACCCGAGAGGAAGGGCUCGGACGCUGCGCGAGCCUGGAGAGCUCGGAUUGCGAGUCCCUUCACAGCAGCAACAGUGGCUUCGGGCCGGAGGAAGACUCCGCAUACCUGGACGAAGUGUCCCUGCCCGACUUCGAGCUGCUCAGCGACCCGGAGGACGAGCACCUGUGUGCCAACCUGAUGCAGUUGCUGCAGGAGAGCCUGGCCCAGGCGCGUCUGGGCUCGCGGCGGCCGGUGCGCCUCCUGAUGCCCAGCCAGCUGGCGAGCCAGGUGGGCAAGGAACUCCUGCGCCUGGCCUACAGCGAGCCGUGCGGCCUGCGGGGGGCGCUCCUGGACGUCUGCGUAGAGCAGGGCAAGAGCUGCCACAGCUUGAGCCAGCUGUCCCUCGACCCCAGCCUGGUGCCCACCUUCCAGCUGACCCUUGUGCUGCGAUUGGACUCACGCCUGUGGCCCAAGAUCCAGGGGCUGUUCAGCUCCGCCAACUCCUCCUUGGUCCCUGGCCUCAGCCAGUCCCUGACUCUGGGCACGGGCUUCCGAGUCAUCAAGAAGAAGCUGUACAGCUCGGAGCAGCUGCUCAUUGAGGAGUGCUGAACGCCGGGCCGGGCGGAGACCUGGACCCUUCGCGGGUGGACUCUGGGCAGGCAGCAGCUUAGGGCCGCUGCACUUGACCUUCGAAGACUGUGAGGGACGGCCACUGGAGGGGCGGGAGACAGACAGUGUUUUCCUAGGAGCCCUUCUGAGGCGGCUGCAGGUGCUCACCCCUUUAGUACUGUAGCGUGAAAAAAAGGUGGAGAGGCCGGUCGGCCAGUCUGGUCGAAGUGUAGCAUGUCCCUUAUUUGUAUCAUAACUGACAGUUAAGACAGCCGUGGUGUCCUGGGGCCCAGAGAUCAGCCGGGCUGCCCGGCCUCGGGCCAGUAGGUGUAUGCUCACAGUAGCCGGCCCUGUGGGGGGUGGGGGGCCAUCGAGGGGAGUUUUUGUGUCUCCUGGUCUGGAGGGACCAAGUGAGUGUGUUCUUUGGUUUUCCUGUCUCGUCCCGCCCCGCCCCCGUGUCCACGGGAACUUCACUACUGACCUGUUGUAGGCAGCUAUCUUACAGCACAUGAAUGUAAGACUAGGAAGGGGGGUGGGUGUUGGGAUCACUCUGGAUCUUUGACACUUGAAAAAUACACCUGAGGCUGCAUUUAGCCCAUCCCCCACGGAGGGGUGAAAAGUGGAGCUUAAAGGGGGUGGGGCUGAGUGGGGGGUGGGGCUGGACCUCACCCUCCAAGAGUGCCUCCUAUUCUUCCAGCUAGGACUAUUUACGUGAAGAUACUUAUUGUUCGUGAAUACACUUGAUGUUCAAGUAUUAAGACCUAUGCAAUAUUUUUUACUUUUCUAAUAAAAAAAAGUUUGUUUUUUAAAAAGAA